UUGAAGACCAGAAAUUGCAACUUACUGAAUUUUAAAUUUAAAAAAAAAAAAAAAAAAAAUUGUCCGGCUGUGGAAGAUGGAUCCUCAUUUUUGCAGCCACUUUGAAUCACAAGUUCAUCUUUAAAUGCACUGGGGUUUUUUUGUUGGUUUUUUUUUUUUUUUUUUUUUGGUUUUUUUUCUUUUUUUUUUGAAGAGCUAACUAACCCUGGCUGUCUCCAGUCUGACAGUAUUCAAAUGGACUUGCUUCCUCCAUUAGUUGUAAGAUGUUUAAAAGCACAUCCUAUGUUUGAAUUGUGGAUGAGAGGUUCCCUUGGCAAUGUGAGGAGGAAAAUUCUUUCUACCCCUUUAUUAUUAAUUCACGGAUUCAGUGUUGGUUCGGCCUACAGGAGAAGUUAACUGGAAGUCUUUGAAGAUUGAUAUCUUUGCUGAAGUUGUCCAGGGUUACUUUUAAAAAGAAGAUUUCACUGAUCAAGCCAGUGGAAGACUUUCAGUCCAAGAAAGAGUGAAGCCAGCUCUUGCCAAGAGUGGAGAAAGUCCCUGUUGAGCAAACCCUUAGUACCAAGCUUAUUCUAAGAAUUCGUCCAUUAUGUCUAACCAAGGAGAUGACUGCUACUUCUAUUUCUAUUCCACAUGUAACAAGGGAGACAGCUGUUCCUUCCGCCACUGUGAAGCUGCUCUGGGAAAUGAAACAGUCUGCACGCUCUGGCAGGAGGGUCGCUGUUUCAGGAAUAUCUGCAGAUUCAGACACAUGGAAAUUGAUAAAAAACGCAGUGAGAUUCCUUGCUACUGGGAGAAUCAGCCAGUAGGCUGUCAAAAAUCCAACUGUGCUUUUCAUCACACAAAAGGACGUUAUGUUGAUGGACUCUUCUUACCGCCAAGCAAAACUACACUUCCAAGUCCACCUGAGUCUGCAGAAGAUGAUGUGAAAAUGGCUCAGAUGUCACUGCAGCAAAACAAACUUUCUGUUCAGUCAAAUCCCUCUCCACAGCUGAGGGGAGUGAUGAAAGUGGAAAACUCUGAAAAUGUCCCGAGUCCUACACAUCCUCCAGUUGUAAUCAAUGCUGCAGAUGAUGAUGAAGAUGAUGAUGACCAGCUUUCUGAAGAAGGAGAUGAAACUAAAACACCUGUCCAGCAACCAGCUACAGAAGCCCAUAAUGGAUUGAGAAUAAUUUCCACUAGGAAAUCCAAUGCUAAUACAAAGCAAGAUGACAAUUUGAAUUUCGGAAUAAAAACACUUGAAGAAAUCAAACUGAAAAAACUAAAGGAAAAAACAAAAAAACAAGAAGGUCCUUCAGGAGUUUCUGUUCAUCCGCUCCAAUCUCGGACUAUUCCUGUGCCAGAAAAGGAAAAUGUGCGGACAGUAGUGAGAACUGUGACUCUGUCUACAAAGCAAGGGGAGGAGCCUGUGAUUCGACUGAAUCUUGCUGAGAGACUGGGUAAACGGAAAACCUCCAUAGCUGGUAAAAGUGUCCUUCCACUAAAGCGCAACCUUGCUGAAAGGCUGGGGAAGAAGAUAGAGAUUCUAGAGAACGCCGACAAAGCACCAAAGAGAGUUCAAGUCCCCAAGUCUCUGAAGGAGAGGCUAGGAUUGCCCUCUGAACAGACCAGUACAGAGACAGAGAAGGCUGCUAAGCCAACAGGAGAGAUCCAUGUCAAAACACUGGAGGAAAUUCGUCUUGAGAGAGCUAAUCAGAGACGAGGAGAACCUCAAGCUAAACCCCAAGCUGAAGGACAUUGUAACACAGAAGAUCCCAGCUCGGGGACAAGACCUUCCCCUGCAGUUCGCAUCAAAACUUUCUCAGGAGCCCUGGCUGAAAAAAAACAUAAGCGAUUGGAAGAAGAGAAGCAAAAAGCAGAAGAGUUUCCUACAAAGACAAAAGCUGAGAGUGAGCCCAAGAAGCAGAGCAUACUUGCUCCAUCUGUGCUGGGCAAAGUGCAGCUGGAAGAGCCAGCAGGUAAAUCCAAGCCAGCAGGAGAGGUGCGUAUUAAAACCUUGGAAGAAAUCAAGCAGGAGAAAGCUCUGCGGAUGCAGCAGAGUGGAGAAAAUGCGCCAGCUCCACCAGCACAACCUGAACCUGCCCCAACAGGGAGGAGAUUGUUGCGGAUCACAAAGCUAAUAGCACCUGGAAGAGAAGAGAAGAAGGUAGUGGAACUGAGCAAGACUUCUCCCAAAGCUGUUUCUGCACCUGCAGAGCCCUCUGAUCAAAGUGCAACUAAUUCUAAAGUUCAAGUGAAGAGCCUUGAAGAGAUAAUGAGGGAGAAGCGGCAACUGAAACAGCGCCAAGAAGAGAAGCUUCAGAAAGAAGCAGCUGCUGUGCCAUCUCGUGCUGAAAAAGCAAUCAAGGAUAAAACUCCGGCAUCGGGGAGUCCUGAAUCCACCUUGGUUUCAGGGUCAGCUUAUCAAAUUGCGAAGAGGACAUUGGCGAAAUCUCCAGAAGAUGGGGUUGAAAGCCCAGGAAAGGAUGCUGCUGUAUCACCAGGGAAACAGGCAGCUCAACUUCUGGAACGGAAAGCUAAAA